AUUCUUCAAUUACCGUUUAGGCGGUCUCACGAUAUCUCUCUCUCCAAUGCUAUGAAACAAUACAUCUCUACCAAAUAUGAUCAACACCCGGACAUGUUCGCAGAGGACUUCAUAAUUAUAGACCGGAUGCGCGCAGACGCUGUCAGCCUGCAAGAGCCACACGAGAGCGGGAUAGCUAGGCUGGUAAUCUAUGCAGCACAGCUGAAAUGGAUCGGCGGGAAGUUUCCGAUCGAUGUUGGUGUGGAUUUCCCGUGGUAUCCUGCCUUUGGAUUCAACACUGGACAAGCAGUAUCCCAGAAUAAUCUUCGAUUUGAACUCGCCAAUAUACUGUUUAAUCUUGCUGCGCUCUACUCGCAACUUGCCGUUUCUUUGAGCCCAGCAAACUCGGAUACUUUAAAGGUUGCCUGCAAAUAUUUCUGUCAGGCUGCUGGUGUUAUUGAACAUUUAAGGACUGAUAUCCUACCAGAUCUACGGACCUCACCACCAGAAGAUAUGGAUGAGAUGACGUUGCGAAGUUUAGAGGAACUAUUGCUAGCUCAGGCCCAGGAAUGUUUCUGGCAAAAGGCUGUGAAAGAUGGCCUGAAAGAUGCCUCAAUUGCACGGCUGUCUGCGAAGGCCUCUGACUACUACGCCAAUGCUGGGGGUUACGCUGUGAAAUCUAAUGCUAUAAGCACUGACUGGAUACAUCAUAUGACAGCGAAACAUCACCAUUUUGCUGCUGCUGCUCAGUACAGGCAAUCACUCGAUUGUUUAGAAAAGAGAAAGUACGGUGAGGAAGUUGCACGGCUGAGAGAUAGCCUCAUAUGUGUCAAUGAAGCACUGAAAGAAAGAAAAUGGAUCAAUAAAGUGGUUCUAAAUGACCUCAACGGGUUAAAAGCUCGAGUCAGCGAGGACCUGAAGAGGGCCGAAAAGGACAACGACAUGAUAUACCUAGAUCAUGUUCCUCCUAAAUCAGAGCUUAAGCUCCUGGACAGGGCUAAUAUGGUUGCCGCUAAAGCUCCUAUUGAAGUGACGAAUGGGCUAUCUAUGAUUGGGGAUAAAGCACCUCUUGGCCGUGCCCUAUUUGCGAAGCUGGUGCCUUACGCUGUGCAUGUCGCAGCCAGUAUUUAUGCUGACCGUAGAGAUCGUCGGGUCAAUGAGACCAUUGGGGAACUAGAGUCAAUGACAACGAAACUCCGAGAUCUUCUACAAUCAUUAAACCUCCCAGGAUCCCUUCAGGCACUCGAAAAGCCCCUAGGCCUACCGCCUGCCUUGGUCUCUCACGCUGAAGAGAUUCGCCAACAAGACGGCCUCAACCGUAUUCUAACGUCCUUGGACGACACAUCAAAACUUAAGGCAACUGACAAAUCCACCUUCACCGAAGCAGUUGAGCUCUUAAAUGCGGAAAAAGAGGAGGACCAAAGGGCCCGGCUCAAAUAUGGUACAGAUAGGUGGACUCGGGAGACGUCUGAGAAGGCUGCUCCGAAUCUUUAUGCGCAGACUGCUGAGAUAGAGGGAUAUCUCUCAUCGGCCAAUACUAGCGAUAACUUCAUCCAACGGAAGCUAAACGAGCAUGGUCGAGUGCUCCAAGUGUUGGCCGGGACGAACAGAGACUUGGAAGCUUUUGUACCCAGCAGUCGACGACCAGUGCUCUCGUCCCAGGUAGGACGUGAAAUUAGUCGACUACGGACCGCAUUGAACGAAGUCAGCCGACUUGAAAACCGCCGAAAACAUUUAAUUGAGGAGUUGAGAGAGACAUCUCAAGCAGAUAAUAUCAACUCUGCACUCCUUGAAGAAACAGGACGCCUAGAACGUGAAUUUCCCAUGCAAAAGAUCCAACCAAGUCAGUUUGAAGGACUGUUCGAGGAACACCUGCGCCGCUAUGACAGUGAUCGCAACAUGCUUUCUGAAGAACAGAAGAAACAAGACGAACUGGAAGCGCAGCUGCGAGAUGCUAAUAAGGCAUUUACAACUGCACGCAAGGGCGACUCUUCAACAAAGGAAAGGGAAAAGGCUCUACAAGAUCUAGAGGUUGGAUAUCUGAAGUAUAAAGAGAUCAUAUCGAACAUUGACACAGGGAGAAAGUUUUACAAUGAUCUGGCUAGGAUCGUGGGCCGGUUUAGGGAGGACUGCAAGAAAUUCGUAAAUCAGCGGAGGCUAGAGGCCAGUCGUAUGGAAACAGACAUUGCAAACACAACAGCCAUGGCGGCGAUGAACAUCGCCCAUUCACCCACAUCACCACAAAUCCCAGCUCAACACCAGCAACAUCAGGCAUAUCUAAACCCUGUAGAGCCACUCACAGCCCCCCAACCUACUAGGGCCAACGUCAUACCUCCACCAGCAACCAUGCCCUCAGCGGGCGGGGGUAUCUGGUCCCCCGAAGUAGGAAUCAAGUUUGCUCCGGCACCUGCACCAAAUGCACAUGUUGCUCCGUAUCCGGAGUCGAGAACUGUUGUAGAACCUUCGGCUUCGAGUUCUGGUAACAUGACCGGUGCAGGGGCAGCAGGGGUGUCGAAACCUGGACAUUGGGAUCCAACGAGGGGUUUGAGGUUUUCGUAG